AUGCAGACACCUCAUCGUUUACUUAGACGGGGUGGGGGUGUGGUGGGGGGGUGGUGUGGGGGGUGGUGGGUGGGGUGGUGGGGGGGGGGGGGGGGGGUGUGGUGGUGGGUGGGGGGGGGUGUGUGUGGGGGGUGGGGGGGGUUGUGGUGGGGGGGGGUGUGUGGUGGGGUGGUGGGGGGGUGGGGGGUGGGGGGGGGGGGGGGGGGGUGGUGGGGGGGGUGGGGGUGGGGUGUGUGUGUGUGUUGGGUUGGGGGGUGUGGUGGGUGGGGGGUGUGGGUGGGGGGGGGGGGUGGGGGGGUGGGUGGGGGGGUGGGGGGUGGGGUGGUGUGGGGGGGGGGGUGUGGUUGGGUGGGGGUGGGGGGGUGUGGGGGGGGUGGUGUGGUGGGUGUGGGGGGGGGGUGGUGGGGGUGGGGGGUGGGGGGGGGGGGGGGGGGGGGUUUGGGUUGGUGGUGGUGUGGUGGGGGUGGUGGGGUUGGGUGGGGGGGGGGGGUGGGGGGGUGGUGUGGUGGGGGGGGGUGGUUGGGGGGGGGUGGUGGGGGUGGGGGGGUGGGGGGUGGGGGUGUGUGGUGUGGGGGGGGGGGGGGGUGGGGGGGGUGGGGGUGGGGUUGUGGUGGGGUGGUGGGGGGGGGUGGGGGGGUGUGGUGUUGGUGUGUGGUGGGGGGUGGGGGGGGGUGUGGUGUGGGGGGGGUGUUUGGGUGGGGGGGGGGGGUUGUGGGGUGGUGGGGUGGGUGUUGGGGGGGGUGGGUGGUGGGUGGUGUGGGGGGGUUGUGGGGUGGGUGUGUGGUGUUGGGGGUGGGGGGUGGGUGUGUUGGGUGGGUGGGGGGGGGUGUGGGUGUUGGUUGGGUGAGGGGGGUGGGUGGUGGGGGGGUGGUGGUGGGGGUGUGGUGGUGUGGGGUGGGUGGGUUGGUGGGGGUGUGUGGGGGGUGGGGGGGGGGGGGUGUGGGGGUUGGUUGGGGGGGGGGGUGGUGGUUUGGUGGGGUGGGGGGUGGGGGGGUGGGGGGGGGGGGGGGGUGGUUGUGGGGGUGGGGUUGGGGGGGGGGUGUGUGGGGUGGUUGGUGGGUUGGUUGUGUUGGGGGGGGGUGGGGGUGGGGGGGGGUGGGGGGGUGUGGGGGUGGUGGGUGGGGGUGGGUGGGGGGGGUGGGUUGGGGGGUGGGGGUGGUGGGUGGGGGGGGUGGGGGGGUGGGUGGGGUGUGUGGGUGUGGGGUGGGGGGGGGUGGGGUGGUGGGGGUGGGGGGGGUGUGGUGGUGGGGGUGGGGGGGUUUGGGGUGGGGGGGUGGGGGGGUGUGGGGGUGGGGGGGGGGUGGGGGGGGGGGUGGUGGGGUGGGGGGGUGGGGGUUGGGGUGGUGGGGUGGGGGGGGGGUGGGGGUUGGUUGGGGGGUGGGGGGGGGUGGGUGGGGUGUGGUGGGGUGGGGUGUUGGGUGUGUGGGGUGGGGGGUGUGGGGGGGGUGGGUGGUGGGUUGUGUUUGGGUUUGGGGGGGGGUUUGGGUGGUUGGUGGUGUGGGGGGGGGUGGGGGGGGUGGGGGGUGUGUGGGGGGUGUGGGGGUGGUGGGGUGGGGGGGUGGGGGUGUUGUGUGGGUGUGGGUGGGGGGGUUGGGUGUGUGGGGGGGUGGGUGUUGGGGGGGUGGGGGGGGGGGGUGGGGGGUGGGGUGGGGGUGGGGGUGGGGGGGUUGGGGUGGGGUGGGGGGGUGGUUGGGGUGGGGGGGGGGGGGGGGGGUGUGUGGGGUGGUGGUGUGGGGGUGUGGGUGGUUUGGGUUUGGGGUGUGUGGGGUGGGGUGGGGGGGUGGGGUGGGUGUGGGGGGUGGGGGGGGGUGGGGGGGGGGGGUGGGGUGGGGGGUGUGGGGGUGGGGGGGGUGGGGGGUGUGGGUGGGGGGGUGGGGGGGUGGGUGGUGGGGGUGGUGGGGUGGGGGGGGGUGGUGGGUGGGGGUUGGGGGGGUGGGGGUGUGGGUGGGGGGGUGGGGGGGUGGGUGGGGGUGGGGGGGGUGGGGGGGGGGGGGGUGGGUGGGGGGUGGGGUGGUGUGGGUUGGGGUGGGGGGGUGGGGGGUGGGGUGGGGUGGGGGUGGGGGGGGGUGGUGGUGGGUGUGGUGUGGGGGGGGUGUGGGGGUGGUGGUGGUGGGGGGUGUGGGUUUGGGGGGUGUGGGUGUGUGUGUGUGGGUGGGGGGGGGUGGGGUUUGUGGGGUGUGGGUGGGGGUGUGGUGGGUGUGGGUGGUGGUUGUGGGUGGGGGGUUGUGGUGGGUGGGGGGGGGGGUGUGGGUGUGGUUGGUGUGGGGUGUGUGUGGGGGGUGGGGGGGUGGGGGGUGGGGUGGGGGGGGUGUGUGGGGGUGGGGGGGGGGUGUGUGGGGGGUGGGGGUGUGGUGGGGGGUGGUGGGGUGUGGGGGGGGUGUUGGGGGGGGGGGUGGGUGGUGGGUGGGGUGGGGGGGGUGGGGGUGGGGUGUGGGGGGGGUGGGGGGUUGGUGGGGGUGUGGGGUUGUGGGUGUGUUGGGGGGUGGGUUGGGGGGGGGUGGGUGGGGGUUGGGUGUGGUGGGGGGGGGUGUGGGGGUGUGGGGGGGUGGGGUGGGUGUGGUGGGGGGUGGGUGGGGGGGGGUGGGGGGUGGGGUUUGUGUGGGGGGGUGGGGGGUGUGGGGGUGGUGGUGGGGGGGUGGGGUGUGGGGGUUGGGGGGGGGGGGGGUGGGGGGGUGGGGGUGGUGGGGGGUGUGUGGGGUGGGGUGUGGUUGGUGGUGGGUUGGUGGGUGGGGGGGGUGGUGUGGUGGGGGGGGGGGGGUGUGGGUGGGUGGUGUGUGGGGGGGGGGUGGGGGGGGGGGGGUGGGUGGUGGGGGUGGGGGGUGGGGGUGGGGUGGGGUGGUGUGGGGUGUGGGGUGGGGGAGGGGUAGGGGGGUGGGGGGGGGGGGGUGGUUGGAGGGGGGAUUGUUGGGGGAGGUGGGAGUGGGGGAAGGGGGGGGGGGUGUGGGGGGGGAGGGGGGGGGGGGGGGGGGGGGGGGGGGGGGAGGGGGGGGGGAGGGGGGGGGGGGGGGGGGGUGGUGUGGAUGGUGGAGGGUGUAG